AUGCACCACGUCUGGUCCAUGAUAUCUAGACCUGUACACCUGCAGCUUGCUUAUCGAACGCUGUAUCUGCUCUCUGCGCGGCAUCGCUGUUCAGGUCUGAGGAAAUACAGGAUUGCAAUCUCUUCACAGACCACAAGAAGGGAGUUCUCAGACUGCGGGCAACAUGGAAUAUCGCAGGGAGCACAAAAACAUAAACACUGGGAGAUUUCUGCUCCCAUCCCGGCCUGUGAGCACGAGUACGGUAUUCCCUCCUCACAAAAUACCGGGAUCAUCAUUGAUCUACUCGAUGGGAAAGAGGGUUUUGCCGCCAUUACUCAACGUCGGCCGAGCUAUGUCACGCAAAGUCGGCAGGAUUAUGUCGCGUUCCAAUGGUCUGACAAGCCAGAUCGAAGCGAUCCGGUGCUAGUGGAGAUUUUUUGUGAACAGUUUGCUGGUGAGUCCCGUCGAUCCGAUCAAGGAAUUCUUUCUGAACAUGUCUUUCAAGGUUCUCAAUAUACCAUGAGAGAUGUACAACCCACUGUCCACGCGUUAUUCAAGGGCAAACUUCGUGCGACAGCAACUCGAUCCAAAGCCCAUGAUACACUCGAUUUGAGAUGGCUGGCAGAUCGAUUCGGGGAGUCUAUCGGGGCACGGAAGGAUGAACUGAAUCUGCAGUUCAUCGGCCUUGCUAUCAAAAGAUACCCAGAACUAGAAUCGUUGUUUGGACAACUAGAGAUUGAUCUUGCCAAAGCAAAGGAUGCUUCUUCUGGUUUGGAUCCGAGCAGGCUACCUGCACCAGUCCCUGGGGAUGUACAAAGAGGAUUAUUGGGAUAA